UCUUGCCCAGGGAACAAGUAACCUUAAUUUUCUCUAAAUACAAUUCUUGAUUUCCUCUUUUAAUUUAAUUCUCGAUCUCUUCUCCAAUUUCACAACGGUUUUGAAAUAAUUAGAGUGGACUAAAUCAUGAAGCUUGAUACCAGUGGAUUUGAAUCAAGUGCACUUUUUGGAGGUAGCAGUAAUGAGAUGGUUAAUGGGUUUGCGGCUGCCCCAUCUUUUGAGCUUCCGGUUACUACUGAUUUUGAUGGGUUUCAGAGUGAAGCUAAACUGAUGCUGAAGCAUGCCAAGGGGACAACUACACUUGCUUUUAUUUUUAAACAUGGUGUUAUGGUUGCUGCCGAUUCUCGAGCUAGCAUGGGCGGCUAUAUCUCAUCUCAGUCGGUGAAGAAAAUUAUCGAAAUCAAUCCGUAUAUGCUUGGUACUAUGGCGGGUGGGGCUGCUGACUGCCAGUUUUGGCACAGAAAUCUGGGAAUUAAGUGUCGGCUUCAUGAAUUGGCAAACAAACGUAGAAUUUCCGUCACAGGAGCAUCAAAGCUUCUGGCCAACAUACUGUACUCCUACCGUGGGAUGGGUCUGUCUGUCGGCACCAUGAUUGCUGGAUGGGAUGAAACGGGUCCUGGACUAUACUAUGUUGACAGUGAAGGAGGAAGGCUGAAAGGAACACGAUUCUCUGUUGGAUCUGGUUCCCCAUAUGCUUAUGGUGUACUAGAUAGUGGGUACAACUUUGAUAUGCCUGUUGAAGAAGCUGCAGAGUUGGCUAGAAGAGCUAUUUACCACGCUACAUUCCGAGAUGGAGCCAGUGGUGGAGUUGCUAGCGUUUAUUAUGUUGGACCAAAUGGAUGGAAGAAGCUAUCUGGUGAUGAUGUUGGAGAACUCCACUACAUAUACUAUCCAGUUAUGCCCAGUACAGUUGAACAGGAAAUGGUUGAAGUCGCUGCGGCAUAAAGAAACUUCAACUGAUAGGAAUUGCCUGCAGUAGCUUCAAGCUAUCGGUGCUUCUCAGUUUAUUGCCGGAACAGUUUGCAGGUUGCUGUUGUUUAUAGUCGAUGAUGCCGUGAGUACGAUGUUGUCUAUUUGUUUCAGCCUUUAAAGAAGAAAUAACAAAGGAGAAUUUUAGCAUUUUCAUGCAAAUGUUUCAGAUCAUUACUGAACUUUCUUGUGGUCUUGUUUUUUAGUCUUGCAUGGGAGGAUAUGUUGGCUUCGUAUGUUGCAGGUGAUGAUGUGAAAUCAGAUAUUAAUUAGGCAAAAUGAUUUUAUAUAUUUAUAAUUUUUUAACCA